AUGAGCAAUCAAAGUUCAGCAGCUAAAGUCGGUGAGAUUUUCAGUGCUGCAGGUACCGCAUUCAGUAGAUUAGGCGAACUAACAUUGACAUUGCAACCGACAAAUGAUACUCCUACACCCAACAGCAAAUGGACUGAUGACGAUAUAGAAAUGUUACAAAGUGCUGUAAAGAAAUUCACAGAUGACCUAGCUAUUAUCUGCGACCAAAUCAAACAGCGGACAGUAUCACAAAUACACUCAACUCUCAAAAGAAAAUCUUAUGAGAAUCGAGCAAUUAAUCCGGCUGCAUUGACAAGAAUACCAAUGUCCUUAACAUCACCAAUAUCAACAAAUAUACUUAAUACAAAAUGUAACUCUGCUGAUGUGACGUUAAACAUGUUAAAUGCACCUCAAGAAAAUAAUUCUGGUUCAGAUGAUAUUUCUAGUGAAAAUAACCGACACAGCUUCAAUUGUGGUGUUGAUAUUGAAUAG